AUAGGUAAUAAGUAAAUUAAUUUUGUUUAUGCAGGAUAAUAUGGGCUUCCAUCACUGUAUCCUUAAAUGCUACUGGAAAUGGACCUCAAAAAGAAUAGCAAAAGAAUGGCAAAAGACAUGGAGAGAUUGGAAAGCAAAUGUGCUAAAAAAACGUGCAAAAAGUUACGCUGGUGGUACAGGUGGAGGACCACCGAAAGUACUUCAGUUAACAGAACUGGAAAAUUUAUUGGAAAUCAUAGAUCCAGAAGCUACUGAUUUGGAUGAUAUGCCUGAAGGAAGAAAUUUUAAUAGGACAAUACAGAAAGGAUCUGUACCUAUUAAUAAUACAAUCUCAAAAAGGGAAUCCUUUCAUACUUCUAAAGGAUUGUACAAAACCACUGUGCAAGAAGUCGAAUUAAAAAAACUUUUAUUUAAUUUUCUACAAAUGAAAAGGGUAUAA